UUUCGUAAAAAGGGUCACGUUGCGCUGCAGCACUGACACAGGAGACUGUCUCGCAUCCUCCUCUCGGCGCUCACCAGCUCUCUACCUGCCCAGACACCGACCAGCAGCCACCAUGACUCACCAGUAUCCCGCACUGACUCCUGAGCAGAAGAAGGAGCUGCAGGACAUCGCUCAGAGGAUAGUAGCUCCAGGAAAGGGCAUCCUCGCAGCUGAUGAGUCCACCGGAAGCAUGGCGAAACGCUUGAACCCCAUCGGGGUUGAGAACACAGAGGAGAACAGGCGCCGCUACCGCCAGCUGCUCUUCACAGCCGACCAGCGCAUCGACAGCUGUAUCGGAGGGGUCAUCUUCUUCCAUGAAACCCUCUACCAGACCACAGACGACGGCGUUCCUUUCGCCAAGCUCAUCAAAGACCGCGGCAUUGUCGUCGGCAUCAAGGUUGACAAAGGUGUUGUGCCCCUGGCUGGAACAAAUGGAGAGACCACCACUCAAGGUCUGGAUGGGUUGGCUGAGCGCUGUGCGCAGUACAAGAAGGAUGGUGCAGACUUCGCCAAGUGGCGCUGUGUGCUGAAGAUCAGCGACACCACACCAUCUGAGCUGGCCAUCUUUGAGAAUGCUAACGUACUGGCACGAUAUGCCAGCAUCUGCCAGCAGAAUGGUAUUGUUCCUAUUGUGGAGCCUGAGAUCCUUCCUGAUGGAGACCAUGACCUGAAGCGUUGCCAGUAUGUUACUGAGAAGGUCCUAGCUGCUGUGUACAAGGCCCUGUCAGACCACCAUGUGUACCUGGAAGGGACACUGCUGAAACCCAACAUGGUCACAGCUGGACACUCCUGCCCCACCAAGUACAGCAGUGAGGAAAUCGCCAUGGCUACUGUCACUGCUCUGCGUCGCACCGUGCCUCCUGCUGUCACAGGAGUGACCUUCUUGUCAGGCGGCCAGUCCGAAGAGGAGGCCAGCGUGAACCUUAAUGCCAUUAACAACUGUCCGCUCCCCAAGCCCUGGGCCCUGACUUUCUCCUACGGCCGCGCCCUGCAGGCCUCUGCCCUGAACGCAUGGAGAGGAGAGCUGAGCAACGAGAAGGCCGCCACCGAGGAGUUCAUCAAACGUGCUGAGGCAAACGGUUUGGCUGCGCUCGGCAAGUACGAGUCUUCUGGAACUGGUGGCGCCGCAGCACAGUCACUCUACGUGGCUAAUCAUGCCUACUAAACAUCAAACUACCACAUAAUACUGUGGCCUAGUGAUAGUCUUAUAUCUGCUCUGCUAUUCCCCCUCACACCUCCAUCAAUCACAGGCCUGCGCUGUCUACUGUACUUUAGAGUUGUCAGAGUUCUAGAUAUGUGUAUUUAAAAACAUAAUGUGAAACAACAAUACUAAAGGGAACAGACUUUGUUUUUUUUUCUGUCUGGUUGAUCAAUCAAACUGUUUUGAGACAAUUUAUGACUGAAGUGGACAGCUGUUUUAUUUUAACGUCUGGCUGCCUGUCUGUAACAGUUAGAGGGCUCAGACACAGGAAGUUAAAGACUGCAAAAUGUUAACAGAGGAUCAAGAUAAUCAGUCAGUAUUCAGCUCAUGCCUCUUCUUGAAUGCACAUCCGGUGCUUUCUCCACUCAUCCUCCUCAAUAUACAUCUCGAGCCACUCCCAAGCAGGCCAGAUCAGCUUGUGUGUAUCUGUGUUUCGCUUCUGUCAGAACAAAGUGUUGGCUCGUCCUUAAAAUGCUACACUAACACCCUCCCUGACAGUGGGACCAACUAGUUAUUAGCGGCGUCAGUACAUCUGGAAAGGGACAAGACGAAAAGACUAAACAGUGUGAAGACUUUUCAGAUUGAGUUGAUCUUUUGAGCGAGCGACUGGUUAUAGAUGUGGAGUGCUCGUUGUACUUUCAGACAGCUGUAGCUCCAGCAGAGGUCAGUAGGCACACUUUAACAAACCGUCACACACCAGGAUUCAUCCUAACCUUUCUGUUCUCACGCUUCUAAUCACCACAAAUCAGAAGAACAUCUUGUCUUGUCAUCUUGUCUAUUCUAAGUAUAACAUUAGCUUUAAAUUACAUACAGUAAUUAAUGUAUUCAGUUGUGUGAAGGUGUCAAUAUUAUGUGAUGCUUGUGUGUUAUCCUCAUUCCUGAUUCUCCCAGCUUGCCCCAUGGGAAGAUGAGAUGGUUUCUACUGACAUACUCAUAAAGUGGACCAAUUCGUGGGGUUGGCAGAGGGGAAACAGUCACUGCUGUGUUGGAAUACUGUGAUGUUUGUGAUGUUAAUAUUGUUCUUGAAGCACUUGGUGUGUCAAAUAGUGGAGAAAUAUAAACUAAAAAUAAACUUUAAAAACUA